UCGCUUUACAGACUCACGCUGUGUAUAUCGACUGCCAACUACAUAAUAGCUCGCUGUAAAAUCGACAUUAACCGCACUCAUUGCGUUUCCAACCUACCAUGAGGUGUGCACCUUGAUUCAGUCUAAUUUCUGCAGCAUUCAAGUACAAUGAAUUCCGAAUCGAACAAAACUAUUGAUGAACUUACUUCAGAGGCUUUGAUAACCAGAAUCCCGGUUCGAGUCUUUAUUGGAGUGAUUGCCAUUCUUGGUAUAAUAGGAAAUUGCCAUGUGUUGUUUCUGUAUUAUGCGCGUUUUAAAAAGACAACUUACCGGUGUUUCGUGUUGUCACUGGCUGUCAUAGAUUUGAUUGGAUGUUGUGUGUCAAUGCCAUUUGAAAUCGUGGACGAGUCCCUGCCUUAUAGUUACAGUGAUACCAUGUCCUGCAAGAUAUUCCGGUUUGUGAAUUUUUGUGUAGCGUUGUCAUGUGCUUUCACAUUAGUGCUUAUAGCUUCAGAACGCUACCGAAAAAUCUGCAAGCCUUAUGGAAUUCAGAUGACUGAAAUACGAGCCAAGAAAUAUGUCGUAAUUGUUAUUAUUUCGACAGUUGUGGUGUCUCUCCCAGUACUCUAUAUAUAUGGUACGAAAACAAUUGAACUUAAUGAAGUACAAACGGGGAAGGAAUGCACAUGGGGUGAUCACAUGAAGGAUCGUCCUCUCUUUGGAUACGCGUACGCUGGCUUCCUAACUCUCCUCAUCAUAGUCUGCAUGAUUUCUCUCUCUGUUAUAUACGCUAUUAUUGGUUAUAGCCUAAAGAGACACGAGCGUAGGAUAAGAGCAAGACUUGAUAAAAAUCAUUGCGAUUCAGUGAAACUAAAUCGUUCUUUCUGUUCAUCUUCUGACCUCUUUAAACAUAAAUUUUCCUCACAGCCUAAACAUGUUUCUCGUCUAUCUCACAGCUGCGAAGAAUUACCCGAUCCCAAUACACGACAACAAGAUGAUAUCAGUAAAAGUUUGUUCAAGAGAAUUCCAAAGAAAAACUUUUUUAAAAGUGAAACAAAAACAGUUGAUAUCGAAAAGAAACAAGCAGAUGUUAGUAACGUCAGAGAUCAAAAGCUUGGAUCGAGAAAUGUAAACGGGAUAAACCAACACAAUAAUGAUGGUCAAAAAGAAACGAACCAGUUGGCAGAAAACGUUAAUAGAAAAGUCACUCAACCGGAAAUUGUUCCUGAUACAUGUGGUGUAAAAAACCCGAGAGAAUUCGACCUGAAAAAUCUGAAGAAAAUGUUUCCUGUUGAGAGAAAGGAAAAGAAGAUUACGAAAGUUCUCGUGGCGAUCACAUUGCUGUUUAUUGCAAGUUUCUUUCCAUAUGUCAUCAUAGUUAUUGUUUAUAUCACAAAUCCUGAUUACGAAAACAAUAUGACGUCAUCGCAACUUACUUUCUAUUUGAUUGCUUUCCGGUUGUACAAUAUCAAUAAUAUGGCCAAUCCCAUAUUUUAUUUUUUCUUUGAUGUAAAAUUUCGGGAAGAGGUUUUUUCUCUAUAUCGUUCGUUUUGGAAGACGGAACAAGAGAAAUCUCUGAAGUCAGCUACGUGAAAUUAGUGAAAUGUUCCUUGUAAGAUAUGACAGUCAUAUAUGUCAUUAGACGCCGUAUAUUUUAUUAACAAUUUCUUGUAAAUAUAUAUAUUCAUUGCUUAUAUUGUGACUUGUAUAUGUUAAUUUUGUUUUGUAUACCGGUUAAAUCAUGUGACUUUUUUAUAAACAAAUAUUUUAAAUGAAUAGCUUUUUUCAAUUUAUAUAUUGUAUUGUUCAUUUACAAAAUGUUAAAGUCAGUAACCUCUCGAUUUUAAAACAUAUUUCUUAACCAUAAGUGUGCCUAGCAUUGAAGGUAUUUUGUACAUCCUUAUAUAUUAGCAUUUAUAAAAGUCUACAGUAUAUAAAAAUUUCAUUCCAUAAUUCUUUAUAUUCCAGAAAAUGUAUCUAUUUAUUAUAAGUCUAAACGCUUUCACACCAUACGACUCAGACUUUAAUAUUAUCCUUCCAUUGUGUAAAGACAGCUAUACAUACAAAUACAAUAAAUGAUUAUCAAUAAUUUAUAGCUUUUAGAAGGUUGUAAUAAAAUUUUGCCUACGCUAAGGUUAAUAUAUUCACUGAUAAUGUUGGCGUUAAUAUUUUAUCUAUUUUUACAGUAGAUCCUUUGAAGUGUAUAUACUUAGUAAUAAUCAAAAUUUGAAAAGAAUAUAAAGGGAUGCUUAUCAUUAAUUAACUAAUUUUUGAACUUUCAAAGAGAAGUAUAACACCAUUGUACAUGUAGCAGCAUCUCUCUCUCUCUCUCUCUCUCUCU